AUGGACACGAAUACGACUAUGUUUAAACGCAAAAAUGGCUGUACAAUUCCUUGGUAUUGCGCCUCUUUGCUGGGCAUUCUUUUUCUAUUCAGCUUGACCGCUACCGGUUUGUUAGUGUAUUAUUUCGCACCUUGUCAUGAGAAGCAAGUUCCGACAAGCACGGAAACGGAUAUUUUCUCUCCGAUUAUACCAACAAAAAUACAUAUAGAUAUUAGAUUACCGAGAGACGUUGUGCCGGAGUUGUACGAAUUAUGGCUGAUACCAUUCAUAUGGGAAGGCAACUUCACCUUCCACGGCGAGAUCAAAAUUUUGAUAAACGUGACAAACGAUACGGAUAAUGUUACCUUACAUGCCGUCGACAUAAAGAUUGAUGAGGGCUUUACGAGUAUCAGGGAGUACUCGUCUAACGAUAAGAACAACAAUAAGACUACGGUAAUCGGGAUUACAGAGCAGAAAAAAGAUGUCGAUAGACAAUUUCACGUGAUUAAAACGUCGAAGUUGAAAAAAGGAAAACAAUAUAUCGUACAUCUUAAGUUCAUUGGAUAUUUGAACGACAACUUGCACGGUUUCUACAGAAGCUCAUAUACAGUUGAUAAUCAGACAAGAUGGAUUGCUACGACUCAGUUUGAACCGACGGAUGCACGCCGUGCUUUCCCAUGUUUCGACGAACCAGCUUUGAAAGCCAAAUUCCAGAUCAACAUAGCGCGUCCCCAAAACAUGACAUCUAUUUCAAAUAUGCCCAAAAAAGAAAAAACGACACCACUGCCCGAUUUAGAUACGUAUGUAUGGGAUCACUAUGAGCGAUCGGUACCGAUGUCUACGUAUUUGGUGGCUUUCAUAGUUUUCGAUUUUGAUGUAAGAAAAUCAAAAGAUGGCGACUUUAGAGUUUGGGCGCGCCAUGACGCUAUUGCUCAAUCAGAAUAUAGCUUGAGUAUUGGACCGAAAAUGCUUAAAUUCUUUGAGGACUACUUCAAGAUCAAGUAUCCUUUGCCAAAGAUGGAUAUAGUCGCGUUACCAGACUUCGAAGCUGGCGCCAUGGAAAAUUGGGGGUUGAUAACGUCUAGAGAGACCUCGAUGUUGUAUCAGAAAGAGGAGGACGGUAUAACGGACAAUAACAAUAAGCAACUAGUAGCUCUAGUAUUAGCACAUGAGCUCUCGCAUCAAUGGUUUGGGAAUUUAGUAACUCCAAGUUGGUGGUCUGAUCUUUGGUUAAAUGAGGGUUUCGCCAGUUACAUGGAAUACAUUGGCAUGAAUGCGGUGGAACCGGAAUGGAGGGUAAUGGAACAAUUCGUUGUUCACGAAUUUCAAAGUAUAUUUAAUUUAGAUGCUUUAGAAUCUUCCCAUCCUAUAUCCAUUGAAGUCGAUUAUCCGGAUGAAAUCAAUGAAAUCUUUGACACCAUUACUUACGUAAAAGGUUCUGUCGUAAUAAGGAUGAUGGAUCAUUUUCUCACAACAGAUGUUUUUAAGAAGGGUCUGACUAAUUAUUUAAAUGAAAAAGCCUAUCAAAGUGCUAAGUCAAAUGAUUUAUGGUACGCUUUAACCAAACAAGCUCAUAAAGAUAAAAUACUUGAUCCAAACAUAACUGUUAAGAAAAUAAUGGAUACUUGGACUCUGCAAACCGGCUUUCCCGUAGUUACUGUCUUACGAAACUAUAACAAUAGUAGUAUUAAACUGACGCAGGAACGCUUUCUGCUUGAUAAUAAUGUUACAAGAAUCACAUCUGAUAAGUGGGAACCAUUAUGGUGGAUACCAAUCACUUAUACGACUGAGAAGCAAUUAAACUUCAAUAACACUCAACCUACAAAAUGGAUGAAAGCAGAACGUUCGAUCACUCUUAACGAUUUAGAUGUGAACCCGUCUCAAUGGAUACUUUUUAACGUUCAAGAAACUGGUAAUUAUUUCUCUGUGUUGCACAUGUUAAAGCUACUUAAUAAUGCAUACAAGCAAGUCGGUUUCAUUGAUAAACUGGAAGAUCCUCAGAUGACAGUCUUCAAUCGAAUUAAUAUUUUAAAUUGGGCAUGUUAUCUCGACCAUGAGAAUUGCGUUAUGAAAGCUGUGCAAUACUUCAAAUAUUGGCGUAACACUCCUAAUCCAGAUAUUAAUAAUCCGUAA